UCCUGUAACUCAAGUUCAACUUCCGGGUCAUCGAGGUUAGAGUAGAAUCAAAAUAUAGCUCGAGAAGGGAGGUGUGCUAACUGAAUGAUUCCCGUGUUUUCAUAUUAUUUUAUUUUUUCAGUCUAGUCGUUUGGGAUUUACAAUGGCGGGUUUACCUCCUGGAGACCCGCAGCUGGUCUCUAUGAUUGUGAAUCAUUUAAAAACCCAGGGCCUCUUUGACCAGUUCAGGCGUGACUGCCUGGCGGACGUGGACACAAAGCCUGCCUAUCUCAAUUUAAGGCAACGUGUGGAUAACUUUGUAUCCAACCACUUGUCCAACCACACAUGGAGUCCUCACCUGAACAAGAACCAGCUAAGGAACAACAUCAGACAGCUGGUCUUGCAAUCUGGAAUGCUUGAGCAAGGAGUCGACCGCAUUGUGGCCCAAGUGGUGGAUCCCAAAAUCCACCACACCUUCAGACCCCAGGUGGAGAAGGUUGUCCGCGAGUUCCUCUCACCGGGGCAGGCUGCCGAUGAGUCUCCAGUGUAUUUGGCUCAGCCAGAAGAAAAGCAGGAGCACCAUCUGAUGGCUCUAGGGCAAUCUUCCACACCUGCUCCGUCGACGGCCAGCGAUGCCAUGUCUAUCUUAGAUACCAUCACCUCCCUAAACCAGGAGGCCAAUGCUUGGACCUGUGGCGAAAGGCCAGGAGACAAGGCUGGCAGGCGGAGUGGCCCCCAGGGAGAGCAGCCCCUUGAGGAAGAGCUGGCAUUGGAGGCUGAGCCUGGAGAGUUGGACAUGAGCCUGGUGGAAGAGGAGGAGGAGGAGGAGGGUCAGGGGGAUGAACAGAAAGUGGAGCUGGGGACUCCAAAAAUGGAACCUGAAAUCGGUGACACUCCUGAAGGGAUCAAGGAGGAGUUUGUUGGCGAGGCAGAGCAACAGGUGGAGCAGCAGCAGCAGCUUCCACCACCUCAGCAGGAGCAGCAGGAAGGGGAGGAGGUCAAAGAGUCAGCAGAGGAAGCACCGGAUGUCAAAGGAGAAGAUGGGAAAGACAGGGCUGCCAAAACGCCCAAGGAGGAGGCUCCAGCCAGGGAUGGAGAGGCCCCCAGUGAGAAGCAGCACAUACGGCAGAAAGCCAGGGAGAGACUCAAAGAGGAGUACUCCCUGGAGGACUCGGACCUCGAAGGUCUCAGCGACAUCACAGUGAGCUCAGUCCACACCAGCGACCUGUCGUCAUUUGAAGAGGAGAGCGAAGAGGAGCCACCAGUGUCUGACAGCACAGAAGAGGGGGAGAUCAUCUCAGAGGAUGAGGAGGAGGUCGAGAAGAAGGUAGCCAUGAUGGAAAUGGAGACCAAAGAGCGCAAGCCCCGGGCCGGUCGACAGGCCUACGUCCACAAGCCCUUCCUCUACUCCCGUUACUAUAGCGACUCAGACGAUGAGGUCACCGUGGAGCAGAGGCGGCGUGAUGCGGCCAAAGACAAAGAAGAGAGGCUGCUAAAGAGGCAGCAGAACCGGGAAAGGAUGGAGGAGAAGCGACGGCAGAAAAUGUCCCAGCAGGAGAGUCACGAGGAGAAGAUGGAGACGUCGCCUCCAAGCCUGGAGGUCCCAGGUACAUCUGGCAAGGAGGCGCGCAAGGAGAAGAAGGUCCUGGAGAAGAAGGUAGCCAUCAGCAGGAAGAGAAGAAAGCAUUCAAAGAAGGAGGAUGAGGUUGGCAACAAGAAGAAAGGAGAUGCAGAGGAAGAGCUUCUGAAGAAGCCUGAUGAAAUUAAGGGAUCCUUCUCAAAGGGCCAGCAGCCCAGGUCCAUCCGGAAAAUAUCUGAAUCAGCUGCAUCAGAUGAGGGAUGGAGGAGAAAGAGCAGUGGGGAAAGCCCAUCUGAGGCCCGGGAUCCCAGGAAGCUGCUCGACAGGAGCAAGACCCAUUCAUUCAUCCUGGACUUGGAGCAGGCGUCCGAAGAGCUGCUUAGACAGAGAGCAGUCGGGAAGUUCGACAGGCACCCCCGCAGGGAGCAAGGGGACAUCCCCAAACAUGCUCGAGAAAAGGACAGAGCUGAGAAGGAGCGCAGUCUUUCUGACGAACGCAGCAAACACAGGCCAAAAGCUGAGAAGGCCACAGUAUUUGGUCGCAGCGGUAAUGAUGCACAUAUGGAGGAAAGCUCUCAGAAGGAUGGAGCUUCUGUGAAUAAGGCAAAUCCGGACGAGAAGGCAGAGAAGAAGAGCAAAGCCAGAGGGGAUCGACGGACUUCCUUAUCAGGCCGUGAGUCCAGGGUGUCUGUCUCAGAGGCAGGGGCCCUGGAAGAAGGCUCUCAAAAGGAUGUCCCUAAGAAGGCAAAGGUGUCAUCCUCAGCAGAUGCCUUGAAGAUCGAAAAGACCAAAGUGGAAAAGGUUCCUCUGAUAAAAAGUGAUACCAAACUUCCAUUCAGCCUGGACACCACAGGAUCUUCUGAGGACAAGUCUGACAUCGAGCCUGGAUCUGAGAGUGGGAAGAAGAAGGAUAAACAUGCCAAAGAGGUUGCAAAGAGAUCCAAAAGCCUCACCGAAGACAAGAAUGUGGAGAAGAGCCGCCCUAAAUCAGAUACUAAGGACACGAGGCCUAGUGAGAGAGAUGCUGACCGCAAACCAAAAAUGGAUCAAGUUCCCCCUGAACACCUAAAGUCUGAGAAACCUGACACAGACCUUGACCACAAGACUAGGGAUGCAGAGUCUGGGUCAAAGGUCAAAUCCACCUCUACAGAGAAGUCCAGAUCCAAAUCCAAGGAGGAACCCAAAACUCAACCAGUGCCUAAAGUGGACAAGAAAGCUCUGAGUUCAGAGAGCAAGAGCAAAAGUGCCAAAAUCAGCAGCAGGUCAGACUCAUCCAAGGAGAAGAAGAAGGAUGGGGGUUUGAAGGAGGACAGCAAAGCUUCUACUGAGACCUUACACGAGAAAAAAGAGAGUAGGGACUCCAAAAAGACUGCUGAGAAACUGGGUAAUGAUGCAGAAAAAACAGAUGAGGCCCAGUGUGAGGAGAAGGAGAAAGAAUCUUCAGUUGGUGUCUCAGUCUUCCCUUCUGUGACAGAGACUCCACCUCCAGACAAGCUCCAAACUCAAGAAGACAACACGGAUUGUGAGGUUGUGGGUUCUGCUGCCACCACAAGUAUAGUAGAUGACACUUUUGAUGCUCUGAGUGACAUCACUCCUGAACUUGAGGAUGACGACGCUACAAUGCAAAUUGAUGAUGACCUGGCCUUUCAGCCGGCUUCCGCAGAAGUGAAUCGCCCACCAAGUCCCACAGAAGAGCCAUCAGCAGACACUCCACUAAGCCAUAGUGCAGAUAAGGACUUUGGAGUAGACCAACAAGAACAAGUAUGUAGCGUUCCUCAAGAAGUAGGAAGCAUGGAGUUGGCAUCUUGUGCCUCCUCUUCCACCGUCAGCCCCGAGAUGGGACAGCUGCUCCCAGGCAUCUCCCUGCAAGAGGCAGACUUGAAGAUGCAAGAAGCAGCCUUGACCCUUCUCUCCAUGGACCCUGACAUGUCGGUAUGUCACAGCCUGACUGCAGUUCACCCACACUUACCUUUGACUAUCACCUCAUCUGAGCCAGAGCAGCCUGAAGCGGCUUGUCCUCCAGAAGUUGGUGGGAAUUUUGGCCACGAGGCUACCGAUGGCGUCACAAUAGCCAUUGAAACUGUGGAAAUGUCACCUCCAAAGACCUCGCAAGAGACUGACUUCUCUGAGAACGUCCAGCCAGAUCUUGAAGGUGUAAGCUCUAAAACACCAGGUGACCAGAUGGUUGGUGAUUUAGGGGAUGACAACUGCUCUGAAAAGAUGGAGGUGGAUGAAGCUGUAGGUGAAAAACUGGAAAAUCCAGACAAGAGUGACGAUACUCCAGAAACCAAAGCAGAGGAGCAUCCUGGGGCCGUCGUGAACGUCGCGUUGCCUGAGCCAUUACACCUAGAAGACGUGCCUGCAAGCCGCAGUACUGAGCCUGCUCUACCCACAGAGGUCUCCAAAACUGGAUGCCAUAAUGUCGAGCAGGAAGUCGAUGGGAAUAAAAAGGAAGAGGAUGUGAUCGUGCCGAUCAUCAUGACUCUGACAGAGGCGGGUGAUGCCUGCACUCCCACAGAGGAGGUCAGAGUGAAUGCUGAGGCGGUAGAGGUCCAUGCUUCAGAAACGUCUCUUGCUAGGGAGGGUGAGAACAUGCAGAGCUCAGUCGGCGGGGAGCAGCCUGGACCAUCAGACCCUGCAGGGAGACCUGAGGAGCCUGAAGAUGCUGAACGUGAUGGAGAGCCAUCCAGCGCAGCUGCCGAGGACCCUAGUACAGGAAGGGACGCAUCAGACCAUGACUGCAAGGAGCCAGAAACUGAGGAUCAGUCAGAGAAGCAGCGAGAGGUUAAGGAGGCUCGUCGAGGCCGGCCGCCCAGACUCGUUAAACAAGCCAGUAGCGCUUCAAAGUCAGAUGGGCUGGAGGAGGAGACGGGAGCAGAUCCAGUGGAGCAGGAGGACAGAGCAGAGGGCAGGAUGACGCGCAAGGGGAGGCCAGGCCAGAAGCUCACUGCUGCCAGGAAUGCCAGUAAGAUUUCACCAGGGGAGGGUGAGCUUAAAGAGACCGGAACAGAAACCCAAGAAGAGGAAGAGGAAGCAGACGACGUGAAGGAAACUCGGCCCCGCAGGGGCAGGCCCCCCCUGAGCACCCCCCGGGGAGAUGCCGGAAAGUCACAAAAGGCAGAAGGUGCAGUGCCAGGCCCCAAACCUGAAAGUGAUAAUGAAAGCGAGAAAUCUUCGGGGUCCAAGGUGCCACGUCGCAGAAGGUCUUCAAAGACAGCGCCCCCUCUGGAGGAAAUGCCAUCAUCUCAGGAGCCCGAGGAAGAUGAGGAGGAAGGAGAGGCUGUGGAAGGGGAAGUGGAGAAAGCAGGAACAAUGGGGCGGCGAGGACGGCAUCCUGCAUCCAGCAAGAGCACCCUGCAGAGGAGGAGUGAUGCUGAGGGGCUCGGUGACACAGAGGACAAAGCAGGGGAGAAGGAGGUGGAGGAAAAGAGUGGCGGGAAGAGGGGCGGCCGUCGUGGACGAGUGGGCCGACCUCCAGGCACAGGUAGAGCAGCUUUAAAGAGGAAGAGAUCUGAGGAGGUCCCAGAGUCUGGAGAGGAUUCUCAAGCUGAAGAAGCAGAAGACAAGAGCGACGGAGCGCCGAGGCCGAGAGAGAGACUCCCGCGAGACGCCAGCGCGAGCCAGUCUGAUGACCAGGAGGAUGAGGAGGCUGGUGCUGACAGCAAAGCCCAAAACGACGAGGAGCGGGAAGCCCCCCCAGAGAAGAAGCCGGCCCGUAGGGGACGGCCCCCCAAGGCAGCUGCACCCGUCAGCACAGUGAAUGAGGACACAGAAAAGACCUUGUCUGAGAGGAAGGACAAGAGAGCGGCCGAUUGGGUGGAAGAGAUGCACGUGGACGAGGAGGCAGAGGAUGAGGAGGACGAAGAGACUCAGACACGAGCCACGACACGGUCAGCGACCCGCCUGGAGGCCCAGAGGAACAAGCCACCUAAACCAUCCACCCGCGCCUUGAGUAAACUGAGUGGGAAGGAGGACACCCCCCCAGCCACGCGGGCAGGUAGGGGCCAAGGACGCAAACGUGAGGCCAGCCCCCCUACAGUUCGCACCCGAGGGGGGCAGAAGUCAGAAGAGCCUCCCACCAAGAGAACAAAGCGAUGAGCUUCAGUGGGCGCCUGUGAUGCCCCCCCUAACCCAGAACCGUGCUGCCUAGUUAGGGAUUUAGGUCUAUACUCCUCAUUUUAUUUUUAAUGUUCACUGGCUGUUUUAACUGUACAUAUUCAGCAUAUUUUCACCGUGCUGCUUCCAGAGUGGGUUCUUCUCUGGGUCUAGGUUAACUAACGGUAGUUCUGUGUGUUGUGCUAGUUAAUCCCAGGGUCUGUACACUCUGCUGGUAGUUACCUGAGUAGAGGGGAAGAGUUAUUACCGAUAUUAACAGUGUCAUCCGUUAAGUAUGAUGCAUUCCACGUCUGAGUGUUUUUAUUAUGAAGGGGUCUGCAGCCAUGAUACUGCUGAUGUUUCUAAUCCUGUCAGUGACUUUGGCUCAGAUUCUCCAUGCCAGUUAGAUUUACUACAUGUAGAUCUCGACCAUUAUUAUAAUUAUUAUUAUUGACUUUGUUAGUUGCAGUUUUAAGUUACAUAUUUGCAUUACUCGGUUUAUGAGGAUGACAUUGACUUCUUUAGAUAAUGUUAAGGUUUAUUCUUUAUGUAUCAAGUUCGUCACCUUUUUAUCAUGUAUCAAAUAUCAUUUAAGCAAAUGUUUUCAUAUUCAUUCUGUGAAUGUAAAGAAAAACAUGGUCCAUUUUCCCUGUUUGUUGCUUGUCCUGAACUUGCUAUUUUUAUUUCAUAUACGAAGUCACAAAACACGUGUUAAAUCAACA